AUGAGGAGCAAAUUAAGUCCCUCAAAAUUUGAACCUUUUUCCAGGUGAUCUCUGCUAACAUAUGAAGUUUUUUCAGCAAGGUGAUGGGUGGUGAUGAGGCUCGACAAUCAUUGCUCUCAGAACAUUCAAAUGAGAAAAAUGGCCUCCAGAGGAGAAGGCCUAGUGCAUUGGAGAAGGAGAUCAACCACAGAGGACAUAAUGAUGAAAAAAAGCCUUUGAAUUCUCUAGCAGAAUUCCAUUUCAGACCAGUGUUGUUUUGGUUAGCUGCAUACCUAGGUGGAGGAACUAUUUGCUUCCUUCUCACACAGCAUCACAUAAAGGGUAUAAAAACAAAUGGGUUUCUUGAUGCCAUUUACUUCUGUGUUGUAACAAUGACAACAGUUGGAUAUGGAGAUCUUGUGCCAGAUAGCGACCUUUCAAAACUUCUUGCUUGCAUUUACGUCUUCACUGGAAUGGCUCUUGUAGGGUUAAUUCUUAGCAAAGCAGCAGAUUAUAUUGUUGAAAAGCAGGAAAUCAUUCUUGUUAAAACCAUAUUCAAGGGUGAAAAUUAUGGUCCAGAACAGGUUUCCAAAGAGGUUGAAACCAACAAAGCUAAAUACAAACUCAUCCUGACAGCAUCCAUCUUUUUGGUGCUUAUGAUUGAGGGGACUAUUUUUCUGUAUUUUAUUGAAAAUCUGGAUUUUGUUGAUGCCUUUUAUUGUGUUUGUUCCACAGUCACUACUUUAGGUUAUGGGGAUAAGAGCUUUUCCACCACUUUUGGUCGUGCUUUUGCUGUCUUCUGGAUAUUGAGCAGCACCAUUUGCUUGGCUCAGUCUUUUGCUUAUAUAGCUGAACUUUAUACUGAAAAAAGACAAAGGUCCCUUGCAAAAAGGGUUCUUGCACGAAAAUUGUCACUCCUUGAUCUUGAGGCAGCUGAUCUUGAUGGAGAUCAUGUAGUCAGUUCUACAGAGUUCGUGUUGUAUAAAUUGAAGGAAAUGGGAAAGAUCAGCCAAGAUGAUAUUUUAGCUGUUCUGGAUAUUUUUAGACAACUAGAUUUUGAUCAAUCAGGAACACUGACAGAAGCUGAUCUCAGACCUAACCAUGACUGA